GUGCUGCUGGGGACAAGUAGUGCAGGACGGGACGCGGAGGGACUGCAGCCCGCCGGUAGGUGACCUUUACCGGAUUAGAACCUCCUCUUUCUCCGGUGUUGAGGUGUCCGGGCGCGCUCCCGUGGCACCGAGCGGCUCCGGGCGCGCUCCUGCCGCGCACAGGACGCUGGAUGCUGCUUUUGGCUUUUUAUUUUUAAUUUUUCUGCGGAGUGAAACAGAGUUCUCGUGGAGCUGUUUGUGAGGAGGAACUAAAGGUUAAAGAGGAGUCUCCUGCAGGCAGACGACCAUCUACCAGGAUCCUGCUGAGCAGAGCAGCCAGGGGCCCACUGAGAUGCUAUGAGGAGGAGCUGCUCCUGCUGUGGACGGAUCCAGCUGCUGAACACGAUGGCGUCUCAGAGGAUCGACCCGAGCUGCGACGCGGCGGUGAGGACGUGAUCCAGAUCUGAAACCAACACGAGACUAGAGGAGAUUAAUGUCAGCCGAGUCGCGGAGGCAGCCUCUCGCUGCACCGCCACAUCUGAGCCAACCGAUGGAGGCGCGGCCUCGCCGUUUCCCCCGUUGCCGCCGCCACUAACCAGCCUAGCCAGCCAGCGCCAGCGAUGCCUUCCAAGGUCUCGUGCCUGUACCUGCUGACUGUGGUGUGCUGGGCCAGCGCUCUGUGGUACCUGAGCGUGUCCCGCCCCUCCACCUCCUACGUGGGCCAGCUGACCAUCCCCGUCCGCAAGGCGCCCAACAACAAGAACGCCACCUUCUCCAACAUCCGGACGCGCUCGCUCAACCCGCACGACUUCGGCUACCUAGUCAACGAGGCGAAGAAGUGCGAGGCGGAGCCGCCGUUCCUGGUCAUCCUCAUCAGCACCACGCACAAGGAGUUCGACGCCCGGCAGGCGAUCCGCGAGACGUGGGGCGACGAGAGCACGUUCCCGGACGUCCGCGUGGUCACGCUGUUCCUGCUGGGCCGCAGCACGGACGGCGUGCUCAACCAGAUGGUGGAGCAGGAGAGCCAGAUCUUCCACGACAUCGUGGUGGAGGACUUCGUGGACUCGUACCACAACCUGACGCUGAAGACGCUGAUGGGCAUGCGCUGGGUGGCGACCUUCUGCUCCAAGGCGCAGUACGUCCUGAAGACGGACAGCGACAUCUACGUCAACAUGGAGAACCUCAUCUACAACCUGCUGAAGCCCGCCACCAAGCCGCGCCGCCGCUACUUCACCGGCUACGUCAUCAACGGCGGGCCCAUCAGGGACAUGCGCAGCAAGUGGUACAUGCCCCGAGACCUGUACCCCGAGAGCAAGUACCCGCCCUUCUGCUCCGGCACCGGGUACAUCUUCUCCGCCGACGUGGCCGAGCUCAUCUACCAGACGUCUCUGCACACCAGGCUGCUGCACCUGGAGGACGUCUACGUGGGCGUCUGCCUCCGCAAGCUGGGCAUCCACCCCUUCCAGAACAGCGGCUUCAACCACUGGAAGAUGGCCUACAGCCUGUGCCGCUACCGCCGCGUGGUCACCGUACACCAAAUCUCCCCAGAGGAGAUGCACCGCAUCUGGAACGACAUGACCAGCAAGAAACACCUCAAAUGUUAGCAGCAGCAGGAGGAGAACGUCCUCCAGACACCUGGAGGUCCUGCUGAUCUGCUGCUGCUGGUCCUGGACAGCUCCAAGCAGAGACUGACCGGGACAGAAGGAGAGCUCGCUGCUAAAAAAAGGUGUUUAAAAUCAAGAUAAAAACAGUAAAUCUGAGGGAAAUGAUCCUCCUGCAUGGACAGAUAAUUUACCUUGACAAGAUUUAUUAAAUUCAGAUUAUUAAAUCUAGAAAUAAGCAUGUUAACUCUUAAACUCUAAAGUUUUUUUUAUCUUAGCCAGUUCAUCGCUGCUUGCAACUUUAAUUUUAUCCCUUUUGUAAAUUU